GGGUGUGGGAUGUGGGAGAAAUUAAAAAAAAGUUGGCGUCUGUUUUCGUGUGCGGCAAAAUAUUUUAUAACUUUUAAAUAUCAAUACUUAUUUUCUUCUUAUUAAAGUAGUUACUGCAUUAAAUUGCCAUUUAUUGUUUUGCGAAUCGUUCGGUAAAGUAGUCGUCAAGCAAGGAAUAUACUACAAUAAGUAACCUCUCAAAAUGACUAUGGACAUCCGUCCCAACCAUACGAUAUACAUAAACAAUCUCAAUGAGAAAAUUAAGAAGGAAGAACUGAAAAAAUCCUUAUAUGCAAUCUUCUCACAGUUUGGUCAAAUUCUGGAUAUUGUGGCUAUGAAGACACUGAAAAUGCGCGGACAGGCAUUUGUUAUAUUUAAGGAGAUAUCCAGUGCUACUGUUGCAUUGAGGAGUAUGCAAGGAUUUCCCUUUUAUGAUAAACCUAUGAGGAUCCAGUACUCAAAAACAGACAGCGAUGUGAUUUCCAAAAUUAAAGGCACAUUCCAAGAGAGACCUAAAAGACCAAAACUGCCCAAGAGCUCAGAAGAAAAUAAGAAGAAGAAGAAUAAAGAUGCUAACAGACCAGUCAUACCAGGCUUUGGGCAGCCGAGUCUGCUCAAUAAUGUCAAUGUUGAACAGCCACCUAACCAGAUUCUGUUCCUCACUAAUCUACCUGAUGAGACCUCUGAAAUGAUGUUGUCUAUGCUUUUCAAUCAAUUCCCUGGAUUCAAAGAAGUACGAUUGGUACCAAACAGACAUGACAUUGCUUUUGUUGAGUUUGCCAACGAAAUGCAAUCGGCUGCUGCAAAGGAGGCACUACAGGGCUUCAAGAUCACUCCCACUCAUGCGAUGAAGAUAUCAUUCGCGAAAAAAUAAUUGUUAAGAACCAUAAUUUAUAGGAUAAAUAAAGAUUUAAGUAUUUCAAGAACUGUUUUGAGCAUUGCACUUAGCCUUAACAGCUCUUCGGCUGUGACUAGUCAUUAUUUUAA